AAAUAAAAUUUUAUUACUUCUAUUUUUGGAAGAGAAAAAAAAACAUUCAUAGUGUGUAAUUGUGUUUUCUUUUAUUUUUAAAAACAAUUUAACAAAACUGGAUGCAAGAUGGAUACAGUAAUUCAUCCACAAACAACAAAAACAUUUGAAUAUAGUUAUACCGAUGUGGAUGGAACCAAUAAAACAAUUACAUAUCCGAUAUUGUUUCCGAUGCCAAAUGAAACAAUCGGUGAAUUGGCCCAUAGAAUUGUCACCGAACGUAUGAAUCCAUUGAUGCGUGAACUUGAUGCACAUUUGUCAGUUCGUGAAGAACUGGAAAAGUUUAUUUUGGAACAAAAGAGACGGCAACGGUGUGAGGCUGAUGAUAAGAUCUUGGCAUCAUUUCAAGCCGGAAAUAUUGAUAUUGAUAGUUUGGUUAGUAAAAUUGAUAGUUGGCAUAAAGACGAAAUUCUUGAGUGUACAACAAAAAUUGGUCCAAGCGACGAAGAGAUAUUUGCUCAAUCAUUUCAUCGGCUUGUUCAUUCAUCGCAAUUAAUGGAGAUUCUGUUGAAAGAACAAUCGUACGCAAAGUCAAUCAUUGAAUUAAAUCGAGAACGUGAUGAACAAAUUAAAUCACUGAUAAACGAACAACAAACGGAAAUGGAGAAAAAAAUCGACCAACUAGACGAUGGCACCACAUCCGAAGACAUAAACAAUCUAUUAAGUCAACACUAUAGCCGGCAAAAUUUACUGCAACGACAAUGGGAAUCGGAAUUGGAAGCAAAAAUGGGCCAUCAAAAGAACGAUUUUCGCAACUGGAUUGUUAGUUUGCUUGGUAAAAUGCUGUAUUCAAUGGAUGAACGACAAUCGCUUGCGAGCGGCAAUUCAAAUCACAGUGAAUCCGAUAAUGCUUCAAUGUUUAACAUACACACGCCCACUUUUGAAGAGAGUUUCACCAUUUACUUGGGUUCACAACUAAAGCAUAUGCACAAUAUGCGGUUGAUUGCAGCAAAUAUUUACGAUUUUUGCGAUUCACUUCAUUUGAACGAAAGUCUAAGCGGUGCCAAUGUAGCGCUUGGCCUAUAUUCAUCUUCAUUAUCUGGCAUCAUUUUACUCACACCAUCCGGUCAAGUGAAAGCAAAUCGAGAUUUAACUAAAAAUGCUUCCAUGACAACUGAAUUCCACUUCAAUUCGAUCGGACAACAAAUCGAAGAUAUUCAAAACGAAUUAAAAGCGGUUAAAGAACGCAAUGGUUGCAAAUUGAAACCCGGUGAUUUUUUUAUUACAAAACAUUCAAAUUUAUCACAAACUCACGUCAUAUUCCAUUUGAUAUCGGACGAAGCAUCAAACAGUCCUGAAGAUAUAACGUCGAGACACCCUGUGAUAUUGGGCCUACGAAAUAUAUUGAAAACUGCAAGCCGAUAUGACGUUACCAACUUGUCGAUACCGGCACUUUUGCGACACGAAAUGUCCGAAGACAUGACAGUGCCAUGGUGUAAUCGACGUGCCGACUUAGUAUUUAAAUGUGCCAAAGGUUUUAUCAUCGAAUCAGCAUCAUGGGGUGGCGCGGAAUUGAAUACAUUACAAUUGGUACUACCACAGGAUAUUUCCUAUGAACUCUUCACUUUGCUAUCGAACACCGUGCCACAGGUGUUUCGACUCGCUAAUGCUAAAAUAUUCUCUACAUAAGCUCAGUAGAAAUAACAAUAAUAAUAAAUCAUUUGAUAUUAACCAAACAAUUGUAGGAAUAAUAAUUACAGCAGACGAUAGAUCGUCAGUUUAGUAAUCAU